GAAGUAUCUCUGGGCUGAUUUCCAGGCUCACACGCAACACUUUUAGAGGGAGAGGGCACAGGCAUGGGAGGCACUUUGAGAUGUCUCCCAGAACAGCCAUUGCCUCCUCCAGGGGAGCUGGCGGCUGAAGGUACCCAUGUUCCAGGGGUAUCGUUGUCCUCAGAGAGCCCGGCAGGGGCUGCUGUCUCUCUGGCUGGGCUCAUCUCUACAAGGCAUGACAGACAUCACCCACAAACCCAGAGGGUAAAAAGAGGCCCCUCUGUGGCAAGGGCAUGGCUUGAUCCUCUCUCUCAUGAAUUCCAUCAACCCAAGAAUUUGGGGCUUCCCGGGGGUGGGCUGACCCCAGGGGAGAGACAAGCAGUCACUGGAACCCAAAUGCCCUGGAGGGGCCCAACGGCAGCUCAUGACAAAUUCCCCCUAAUUGUGACGCGGGGGCGCUGUGACAAUGAGGGCAAUUGUCACCUAGCAACACUUGGCUCCAAGGCCUUCAGGAGAGAGGUGCUGGCUGCUGCUCAGACUGCCACUUGGCUCUUGAGGAGACACCGUGCAGUGAGGAGCAGAAAGCACCUGGAGGGAAUGAACCAGCGUGGCACAGCUGCUCGGCGGAGGGUGGAGGAGGUCUGGAGCCAGAUGGAGGCCAGGAGUGCUCCCAUCCUGCAUAGAGGACGCCUCAUGUUUCCAACACUCAUGCACCUCUCGGAUGAUGGUGAGGCCAUGGAGAGGUGUGUGAUGAGUGCUACUGCAGGACAGGCUCACCCUCUUGUGGCAGCGUUCAUCCUGGGGAGGGGGAAGGUGUAUCCCAGGACACUGGCACCGGCCACCUUUGUGCCUUGGGCUGACAGACAGCAUGAACUCCCUUUCUCUUGCUUUCCAGACACUGUGAGAAUUUGGGAUGGGGUAUCCCGCUACAUCCGCCGACAGAUUGCGCUGAACAAGGGUGUCACAAUACCUGGGCUGGGCACCUUCUGCCUUAUUCCAUACACUUUGCCCAUGAGGAGCUCUCAGCUCCUGAACUUGCAGAGGCCCAUCUUCCAGCUGUCGGAGAACUUUGCAUGGGUUCACGGGCUCCAGUAUGAGGGAGAAAUUUUUCCAGGUAAGAAGGCAGAUGAAUACGAUGGAUUUCUCUUACAGGGCAUUUGGAGCACAUGCUGAACUGCUGCUGCCAGGGGACUGAGAGGAGCCUAGAGCUCCGUCAGAAGGUCCUUACAGCAGCCUGAGCUCCUCACAGGCAAAGACAGGCCCCCACCUUCCACUGUCUGCCAAGAAGCAGCUCCUGAAAAGGUCCCU